AUGGUGCACGUGGCGCCCGGCCAAGAUGUCGUCGUGGCGCUCAAGGGCUACAGCACGAGUGGCCGCCAAUUGUCCUACGCCAUCACGUCGCUCCCGACGCAGGGCGCGGUGUAUCAGCUCUCGCAGGUCUAUAGCGACUACGGCUACGACCCGAAGAAGGCCGCGAGCCCGGUGGCGUCGACGCCGAGCCUCGUGACCGGUUCCAAGGCGCGCAUCGUGUUUUCGAGGCCGUUCUCGUCGUCGCCGCUCGACACCAAGUUUGCCGAGUUUACGUACACGGUCCACGACGGCAGCGCCACGUCAUCACCCGGCAUCAUCACCGUCUCGCACGAUGUGGCCGUCAUGACGAGUCAAUUCUACUUUGAUUCGGACGGCUGGCGAAUCAUUCAAAACCAGCAGGCGACGCAGCCCAUCUUUGACCCGACAAGCCGCGGGCUCCUGAGCUACUACAUAUACGCCACCGAGGCCAUGAUUCAAACCAACCCGCAAAGCGGGAGUGACCUCGUGCUCUGGUACUUUGCGGCGCCGCCCAAGUUUCUCGGGAAUCAGUGGUACGCGUACGGUGGCGUCCUCAGUUUCGUCCUCGCCGCGUCCGAAGGCGACUUUGCCGCACGCAACGAUCCGUCGCAGGCGCCGCUCGUGCUGCUCGAGUGCGCGACGUGCAAUCUCAACGCGGGCGUCCGGCUGGCGUGGGCCCAAAGUAACUCGCCGCCCUUCACGGGCGCCACGCAAGCGUAUACGAUUCCACUGCUCGAGUCGGCGGGGUGGCGCCAAGACCCGAAGAACACGCUGCUGCCGUGGACGCCCCCGUCACAAUGUCAAUUUCUCGAGGUCCUCUCCAAGCUCAGCGGUCUCUCGAUCCUCGGCGACUUUACGACGCGCUACGAGACGGUCGCGCUGGACACGGUCCAGUUCCAGCACGGUCCAGGUGUGCCCCUCAGCUGCUACUAG